AUGCUCAAUUCUUGCCCAGCUUGCCAAUAUAAGCUGGUCGAUGAGCCGACUCUGGACUUCUCAAUUCUGUGUGCAUGUGAUGGGAAUAACUCAGCAAAACUCGUAGAUCCUGCAGUAUGUAGCGGUGAGGAACAUCUUGACCCUCGCUCAGGGCUAUCAUCAAUCUGGCUCAUGGAGUUGUACAUUGACCAAUUUAAAGAUGAAGUCCGAUCUGCUCGGGCACAUCAAGUUAGGCAACAACCUAGUGACCCUGACGACCUGUGGAUAGACGAACCAGACUCGAACGAUUCUGCAGAGCCACCUACCAUAUGCUGCCCUGAAUCAUGCAAGAAAAUGUUCGCUAUAUUUAAGAAGUCUGGGAUAUUUGUCACAGUGUGCCGACAUGGUUUUCUCCUUACCAUCUGUGAUAUGGUCCAAAGCGGUGAACUAAUGAAAUACCUGAUUGCUAGCAUGAAGAAGCUCAUGGACGUUCCCAGAUCUACUCUUUACAAUGUCUUUGGCAGCAAUAUACUUUAUGGGUAUGAUAUCAAAUGUGCCUUCGAAAAAAUUACACAACGGAGCUCACUCGCUGACAAUGCAAAACACCUAAACCUGCAGGACAUUGUGCCUGCCUUUCACGGGCAUGCCCACAACCGUCUUUGCCAAGUAGAGCACCAUUCGAAGUAUAAAGUUGGUGCUGGGAAAGAAGAUUUCGAGACCUGUGAACGGGUCUUUUCUGAAUCUAAUGCACUUGCUGCCCAAAUUCAAAACACCACGGAUUUCCAUCGCCACCAAGCACUUGAUCAACAUUUCUCUUUUGCUGAUUUGGACAAAUAUGCAGCCCUAUGGUCCAUGCUAACGCUGAAUGUAGCUGAGUUUAUUUAUAAUAAUUAUGUCCAAGUGCUGACAAUUAUCUCUACAACAAACAUAUUCCUCGCCAACUUCCAUGCAUCAAAUGCUGCCCUCGAGCCCAACUUCGAAGAUGAUCUCAAGGACGAGCACCAGGUUUUACAAUGCCUUGCGCGCAAGAAGGAAGAAUCCAGCAUUGAAGUUGACUAUGUGAAAGCAUUGAAUGAGUAUGACGAGGCCCAACCACCCAGAGCGGAUAAAGGCACAAUCAAUCAGCUGUUCCACAAGGCUGUAGAUGACGUUGAAUGUCUUGUCAUCAUGCAUCUGCUUGAGUUGACUAAGUUGCAAAUGAGUGGACUAGUAGGUUACAAGCUUCGCACUCAAAUCUCCAAGGCACUCAAAAAGUAUUCUUUCCUUGCCGAAUUUGAUUUGCUACGGGAAACAGAUGGGGAGAUCCAGUCGAAGAGAUGGGCCAACCCAUCUUACCGACACGCGUCUACACAAUAUUUUGAGCACCAGCGUGCUAAUGAAGAGAUUCAUCGGCUGAAUGUCGAGAUGCAAGAUGAUGCCAUUGAUUAUCCCCACGCCAUCGCACAACUUCAGUCCAAUGACCCACCCCUUGCAGCCGAACUCUGGCUUGGGCCAAAGAGUCCUGGCACUCGUGUAGGUCAGGUUGAUGUUGUGUGCGCUUAUCCCUAUGAAGCUGUACCACAUGAACAGGAUAGAGAGGACGGAGAUGGAGAUGACACAGAGCUUGGGCAACAGUUGGAAGACGUACGAGCUUACAUUGAGGGACUAGAUCAUCACCGUGUGGACUUAGAACUUGCAGGAUAG